AUUGAAAUCCCAUAGUAAAUAAUAAAUUAUUUUAUGAUUUUUGAGGUAACUGUAAGAACGGAGAAAUGAGAACAUAUUUACUCUAAGCUCUAAAGACUAACGAGGAGAAGAAUGAGUGUUGUGACUAAUUAUAGCAAAGGUUCAAGGGUAAUUAAAUGUAAAAGUUGUUAAACUGAAAGUGAAAUACUUUGUAACAGUAAAAUAUUAUUAAACUGGCGACCCUCUCGUCCCUGCGUUCUCUCGAACUCUGUGGGAAAUGUUUGAAUCUGAAUUGCUUCUGAUCCCGACCACCUAGAAAACCAAACAAACGAUUUUAUCAUCAAGACCUUUCCAACUAUAUAUAGAGGACUGUGUUCCUUUUGUUGUUGCUGACGAAUAAAAUUCCAUACGCUGUCUUUGUGAAUUAUUUAUUUAUAUAGAUAUUGUCUAUAUUAAAAAAACUACAUACUUUUAAAGAGUAAAGUAAACAUUGUGACAUUCCCAAAUCCCAAACGAAAUGGAUUCUCUACAAUACAGAUUGGACUCAUACUCUGAGAAAAUUCGGCUAGGGUUUUCAGACUUACAGCAUAAUGUUUUCAGAAUCAAGAAUUUGUCGAUAUGACAUUAGCAGCUGAUGGACAUCUGGUUAAAGUCCAUAAGAAUAUUGUUGCAUGUGUUAGUCCAUUUAUAAAGGCAUUGAUCAGAUCUGCUUCAAAUAAUCAUCCAAUAAUUUUUUUAAGUAACAUCAGCUAUAAAGUACUAUGUUACAUAGUUGAGUAUAUAUACACAGGAGAAAUAAAAGUGCCACUUGAUGAGGUUCAAUCCUUUCUGAAUGCUGCUGCAGACUUACAUUUAAUAGGACUUGAAGGCUAUGGACAAAAACCUUCAUCACAACCUACUCAAAUUACACAGGAUCAAAUAAAUGCCACCCACUGCAACAAUAUAGAGGCUACUGGAGAAAAUUUGUGUAGUCAGGAUUCCAACUUGUUUAGUAUAAAUAUUCUUAACACCAAUGCCAUAGAUGUUAACCAAGUGGAAAAUGUAUCAAAAGAAUAUGUAGCGACAACAGAAUGCAACAAAGCCUAUACAGUCAACAGUGAUGCAAUUAUUGUGCAAAGCAGUGAUUCAAUUAAAAAUAAUGAAUUAUACAAUAUGGGAAAUAUACCUGAUGAACACACACCUACAGCAGAACAGAAUACAGCCCCAACAAUCUACAGAGUUAUAAAUGAAGCAAAUAUAAAUACUGUUGAAGAGAACAAUGCUAUAAAUACUAAUUCUAAACCACAACAAUACUCGGUGUCAAUAAGAGGAUCUCUACAGAUAAUCUUAAAUCACUACAUAUAUCACCUGCACCACCAAGCUUAUCGAGGUGUCAAACGCAGAUGGAGGUGUAUUGACUACCGUAGGAAACGUUGUAAAGCCUACAUUGAUACUCUAGAGGAAGCCAUUAUUGAAAGAAAAAAUGUACACAACCAUCCCCAUCAUGACAGUAAAAUACUGUAUAAAGUUCAACGAAAUCAAUUAUAUGAAUCUAUACGAAGUAUACCUAAAAGGUAUCAAAAAGAUGGCGAGCAAAGUAUGGAGGAAGACAGUAGUUAAUUAAAUAGAUAUCAUUGAUCAUAAAUUAAACAUUUUUUCCCAAA